GUGAGAUAAUAAUCAAAAAAAAAAAUCGCGUUUUAGAGAUAAUCAAAUGGCUUACGCUAACCAAAUUUCAGCGGUUGUGUUUCUAGCGGUUGUGAUUGCUCCACUGUUAGCUGAGCCGGUGUCACCGAUGUUUCCAAAUAUGACUCCUGAAUGUGCCACGGUGAUGCCUGACUUGCUCGAUAAGUGUUUUGGAACCGUUAGAGUUACACCAACGGAAGAAUGUUGCAACGAUCUCAAAUCCGCAACCACAACGCAAGUCACUUGCCUUUGUGAUAAUUACAUUGCAAACCCGACGAUUGUGAACAUUACUGGACCUUACUCCGCCGGAAUCACAACUAAAUGUGGCGUUUUCGACAAAUACUCUUGCGACGGUACUAGUAAAGGAGGAGAAACCGGAAGCAGCAGCAGUAACAGCAGCACGACCAGCAAUGGCAAAGACAAUAGCAAGAGUGAGGUCAACGGAGGAGCAACGAACAAGAUUGCUGCAUCAAUGGCUGUUUUUGGCUUGAUUGCAAGUCUGGUCUUCGUUAUGUUCUAAUUUAUAGUUAUUAAUUCUUAUCAACCUGGACGGACCAGCCAAAUUUUAUGUAAUUUUUUUUUUUCUUCUUCUUCUUCUUCUUCUUCUUCUUCAUUUUUAUUAAAUAAAAUCAGUGAAGUGUGAAAUUAAAACAAUGCGUUUACAUGAUUGCAUGUUUGCACCUUAAGGUUCAUUUGCAUCUUUAAUGUCAUGUUAACCUUUUCCUUUUAAUGAAUUUUGGUGGCU